GUGGGUUGCGGUGUUGCUGUUGUGGUGGGGAGGCCGUCAUGGUGUGCGAGAAGUGUGAGAAGAAGCUGGGUACUGUAAUCACUCCUGAUACGUGGAAAGAUGGUGCGAGAAACACGACAGAAAGCGGUGGCCGCAAGUUAAAUGAAAACAAGGCAUUGACAUCAAAGAAGGCAAGGUUUGAUCCUUAUGGAAAGAACAAAUUUGCAAUCUGUCGGAUUUGUAAGAGUUCUGUGCAUCAGCCAGGGUCUCACUAUUGUCAAGGAUGUGCCUAUAAAAAAGGCAUCUGCUCAAUGUGUGGCAAGAAGGUCUUGGAUACGAAGAACUACAAGCAAACUUCUGUUUAAUUGUUUUGACCAGUCUUUUUAUAGACUUCAACUUCUGUGUCUUUGUACAGUAUUUUUUCUCUGAAAUCAUUUGUGAAUGUUACUUUCUGGAAGGUAAUGCAGUUACUUGGAAUGAGAUGAGAGGUAAACACAGCCUGGUGGCCUAGAAAUGUACAUAAUAUUUGGUUUGGGUUUUUUUUCUUGUUUUAGCACUAAUGUUAACUGGUAUUUAAAGGUAAUGGUUUUCAGCAACUGGUACAGUUCAAACUGAAGGAGAAGAUCCUUGUGAAUAGGUUGAAACUAUCGUGACACAGAUCUUGAAGAUUUACAGUUUUAUUCUUUGGAUGUAUCUUGAGUCUUUGCUUGUCUGAUAUUAAUAUUUUAUAGAUGUAUAUAAAAUACAUGCUUGUAUCACCUCAUUGAAGUAGUAUCUUCAUUUA